GCUGUUGGAACACGAUCAAUCGGAACUCAUGACGAGUCCAUUGACGAAGCCAUGCAACGCGCCUGGUCCUUGUCGCUCCCUCACCAGCUGCACACCACUCACUACUGCACUUUCUAUACGCACUUAGUUCAUGUUCUCGACACGCAGCCUGCUCCACAUCCUGAGGAACGCUGCUGCCACUUCGACUUUCACCCCGCGAGCUUUCUCCACGAGUUUCAGAAUCAUGGCCACCGAAUUCAAGCUGAAGGGCUUGACCAGCAUCGACCUGAAGAAUGGUCAGACACAAGAGGUAGAGGUGGAAGGUGUCCAGGCGAGCGAGGACAAGUUGGCUACUGUUCUGCUGGCCAAGGUCAAGGAUGAGGUGCAUGCUCUCUCACCAAAGUGCACGCAUUACGGAGCACCUCUGGCCAAGGGUGUCUUAACUGGCGAUGGCCGUCUGACGUGUCCCUGGCACGGUGCCUGCUUCAACGUUGCAACCGGCGAUAUCGAGGAUGCCCCAGCUCCAGACCCAUUGCAGAAAUUCGAGAUCGUUCAGAAAGAUGGUGGAGUGUACAUCAAGGGCAACGAGGCAGACAUCAAGGCUGCACGGAGAACACUGAGCAUCAAGUGCAAAGCCCAAGGGCAGGACAAAGUAGUCGUUGUUGGGCGAGGUAGUGGUGCCAUGGGUCUCAUCGAAGGUCUGCGAGCUGGUGGAUACAAGGGACACAUCACAUCCAUCGCUAGCGAGGGCCACCCACCCAUUGACAGGACGAAGCUGUCUAAGGCACUCAUGGACACGGCCGACAAGGUUCAAUUCAGGAAGCCAGACUUCUACAAGGAGGGUGAUGUUGAGUUCGUCAACGACAUCGUGACUGCGAUCGACUUCAAGAGCAAGAAGAUCAAGGGCGAGAAGACAGAGACAGACUACACCAAACUCAUCCUCGCGACUGGUGGCACACCAAAUCAGCUUCCAUUGCCAGGUUUGAAGGGCGACUUGAAGAAUGUGUUCCUCCUUCGCACACUCGAGAAUGUACAAGGGAUCCUUGGUGCAGCAGGUGAAGAUGGAGGCAAGAAGAUCGUUGUCAUCGGCAGCUCCUUCAUCGGUAUGGAGGUUGGCAAUGCUCUUGCAGGCAAGAAGCACCAAGUCUCGAUCAUCGGUAUGGAGGGCGAGCCAUGCGAGACCGUCUUCGGCGCCACAGUCGGCAACAUCUUCCGCAAGCUGCUAGAGAAGAACGGCGUCAAGUUCUACAUGAAGGCGGAGGUCGAGAAGGGUGAGGAGUCAAGCUCGAAGAGUGGCUACAUCGGCAGCGUGAAGCUGAAGGACGGCAUCUCACUUGAGGCAGACGUCGUCAUUGAGGGCGUUGGUGUCAAGCCAGCGACCAAGUUCCUGCAGAACAGCGACGUCACCCUCGAGAAGGAUGGCUCAAUCCAGACUGACGAGAGCUUUGCUGUCAACGGCCUCAAGGACGUCUGGGCCAUCGGAGACAUUGCGAGAUAUCCAUACCAUGGACCUGAUGGAAACGGCAAGCCUGUGCGAAUUGAGCACUGGAACGUCGCGCAGAACCAAGGACGAAGCGUUGCCAACUCCAUCAACAACCCCGGGUCAAAACCCAAGCCCUUCAUUCCUGUCUUCUGGUCAGCUCUUGGUGCUCAACUGCGCUACUGCGGACACACGCCAAACGGCUACGACGAUGUCAUUGUGCAAGGCAACACAGAUGUCAGCGAAGGCAAGCAGAGCUUUGUUGCAUACUAUACCAAGGGUGAUACGAUCGUGGCUGUUGCGAGUAUGAUGAAGGACCCAUACAUGACACAGAGCGCCGAGCUGAUGCGCAGAGGAAAGAUGCCCAGCAAGAGCGAAAUCACAAAGGGCGUGGAUAUCAUGGAAAUCAGCGUUCCAGCUGAAGUGAAGAUUUGAAAUGAAUGAAUGACUGAAAUGGAGCAUUGUAGAUAGAUGAUACCUUGAUGAUCGUGCAUGAUUUGAAGAUGAAUGGAAAGUCACUCCAUGGCGAGAUGCACC